UUCCAUAUGAAGUAUGAGACACGUAAAACCUAGGAUGAUCAUUUUAGAUAGAACUAUCCCGAGUCCGGAGAAGAGGUUUGUUGAGUAUCUGGAGAAAGCUCCGAGUUCAGGAUUGGUCAGGAGCCGGAAGGAUUUGAUCAGCUGUACGGAGAAAAAUAAUUUGCAUUACACAAUGUCUUCACACGUUAAACUCGGCAGAAGUUUAUGGGUUGGGAGGAAUCAGCUGGUUUGCUGUGUGUCUCGAAGCUCCAGAACACAAUGGAGCUCUCCGGUUCAACCAUGGAGCUAUUCCUCUCCCUUCAACCCGUCCUGGAGAAUAUUAUCAAAUCCUUUCAGUCAAGGAGUGUGUAUGUCUGGUCCUGGUGCUGAUGCAAAGUAUAAAAGUGCGGAUGAGAAGGAGGACGAGGAAAAUAAAAGGAAAGGAAAGAAGAAGAAGAUCCUGCUCGGAGGGUUGGGAGCAGGUGUUCUUCUCGGAGCAUAUCUCGGGUUCAAGGCGACACAGUCCAAGAAAUCGCCGAUAGUUAAUGAUAGCUUAGAAAAGGAUUUUAUUUUGGACACAAAACCACCAGAGUUCAGUCCCUCGAGACAAAUAAGAACGGAGACGGAUAAAACCGGAUUAAAAAUAACUCUUUAUCAAUACCAAACCUGCCCUUUUUGCUGUAAGGCUCGGGCGUUCCUUGACUACUACGGGUUGAACUACGACGUGGUUGAGGUGAACAGUGUUCUCCGGACCCAGGUUAAGUGGUCUAAAUACAAGAAAGUUCCAAUAGUUGUUGUCGAGUACAAAGAUAAGGUUCUGCAGCUUAAUGACAGUUCUGUGAUUGUAUCCGCCCUAUUCUCCCAGCUCCUAGAUUCUAAUACAUCCUUAGAUUCAAUCAUGGAUUGUUAUCCGUCCAUCAGAUAUUAUGACGAGGAUGGGAAGGAGAAGCAAGAUACUCAAAACAAAUACUUCCUCAUGUACAAUGAGGCAAAGGUUAACAGAACCAAAGAAGAUAUUGUCGAGGAGAGAAGAUGGAGAAAAUGGACUGAUGAAGUAUUGGUGCAUACACUUAGUCCUAAUGUUUACAGAAGUCCCGGAGAAGCUCUGGCAACGUUCCAAUGGUUCGACGAGGUCGGAAAUUGGCCACAAUUGUUCCAGGCCUGGGAACGUUAUCUUGUGAUUUAUUUUGGAGCUCUUGUUAUGUAUUUAAUAGGAGGCAGGCUCAAGAAACGGCAUAAUCUUAAGGAUAAUGUACGUGAGUCUCUGUAUGAUGAAUGUAACCACUGGUUAAAAAGUUUAAAGAAAAAAGGAACUCCGUUUAUGGGAGGAGAAGUACCAAACCUAGCGGACCUUGCGGUUUUUGGAGUCCUUAGUGCUAUAGAGGGCUGCCAAGCAUUCAAGGAUGCACGAGAAAACACUAAGAUAGGAGACUGGUUUGAUCUAAUGAAGCAAGCUGUGAACAAGAGAGAAGGACAGCUUCAUAUCUAGACCUGGAGAACGUUUAAUCCAACCUUGAUCAGUAUAUUUAGAAGAAUUUACUCUGGAGAGAAACUCUGCAUCAGUUGUCAAUUUUUUUUAGAGUAUUAAAAUGAUUCUUGAAUUAAAAUUUUGUCAUUCUUGAACCUGCACUGCACCUUAAUUCUGUUCCUGAUUCUGAACCUACACCUUAAUUCUGUUCCUGAUUCUAAACCUGAACCUUAAUUCUGUUCCUGAUUCUGAACUUGCACCUUAAUUCUGUUCCUGAUUCUGAACUUGCACCUUAAUUCUGUUUCUGAUUCGGAACCUGAACUUUAAUUCUGUUUCUGAUUCUGAACCUGCACCUUAAUUCUGUUUCUGAUUCUGAACCUGCACCUUAAUUCUGUUCCUGAUUCUGAACCUGAAAUUUAAAUAUGUUCCUGAUCUUGAACCUGAACCUUAAUUCUGUUUAUGAUUCCGAACCUGAUCCUCAAUUUUGUUCCUGAUUCAGAACCGAAACCCGUUACUGAUCUUGAACGAGAACUUGAAAUUGAUUCUUUUUUCAUUUGAUUUAUAAUCCUUAUUUUAAUAUUAACCUAGAGUUCAGAACUCGCAGUUCCUAAUUUAAAUCCUAGUUCUGAUUAAAAAUCUGAACCUAUUUGAUCCAUGUUAGACGAGACUAGUUUAAUUUAUGAUUUGGCUCGUGGAUUUAAUUCCCUAGAAAUAAAUGAUUUUGUUAAAUCAAGAA